AUGUCUAAAAGCUACAACAUCGUCGUUUUGCCCGGGGAUGGGAUCGGACCAGAAGUGACUGGAGAAGCUGUCCGUGUGCUGCAACACGUAGCUUCCAAAUCUGGCUUUCAGCUAAAUUUGGAGAGCGUGAGUGCAGCCUUUGCUCAUCUGAUUCGAUGGUUCGCGUCACUGCAAUCGAGAGCGUAGGCAGGAAUUGACACGCCCUCAUUACCUCCAUCUUGCCCUGCUCUCCUCUUCGUUACUCUCUUGCAGCACGACUUUGGCGGUAUCGCCAUCGACAACCACGGCAAGCCUUUGCCGGAGAGCACCAUUAAGGCGUGCGAAGCUAGCGAUGCAAUGCUUCUUGGUGAGCACUCAGUUCGAAUUCGGCCCAUAUAAGCGCGAAGAGCCAAGGAAGAAGCCAGGCUGAGCUGACCGCAUGUCGACCUGAACAUUCACGUCUGUGCCCAGGCGCUGUUGGAGGACCCAAGUGGGGCGUGGGCAAAGUGCGACCUGAGCAAGGCCUCCUGGCUCUUCGUGUCCAUUUCGAUCUGUACGCCAACGUCCGACCAGCGCUUUUCCCUUCCAAGUCCCUCUUGCACCUUUCUCCGCUCAAGGAGAAGAUCGCCGAGGGAACGGAUAUCAUCGUGGUUCGAGAGCUAGUCAAGGGUCUGUACAUUGGAGAAAAGACGGAAGCUGAUUUGACACCUGGAGCAGAUGGAGAGGCUGCAGAUGUGAUGAGGUACAACAGAAAGGAUGUGGAGAGGAUUACGCGACUGGCAGCGUAUUUGGCCCUGCAAAAGAGCCCACCUAGCAAACUUCAUAGCAUCGACAAGGCAAACGUCCUGGCUUGCUCAAGACUGUGGAGACACGUCGUUCAAGAGACGGUCGACAAUGAGUUCAAAAAGGAUGGCAUCGAGGUGGACCACCAGCUCGUCGAUUCUGCCGCCAUGGUCAUGGUGUCCAACCCGAAGAAGCUGAACGGCAUUGUCCUCAGUAAGUCACAACAGCGAGUGCUGCCACACGAGUCCUCAGCACGGCUACUCCCUCACCCUUUCGUCCCCUUCGCCUCCCUUCAACUCUGUCUUUUGUACCCUCUUUCUCACAGCUGAAAACGUUGGUAGCAAAGGAGUGGUGCGCGCUGCAGACUCGAAUCAAAUUCUCUGACCUACUUCUUGCACUUUCUUACAGAUGUUCGGCGACAUUCUCUCGGAUGAGUCAUCUGUCAUCCCAGGUGCUCUCGGACUUUUGCCCUCCGCUUCUCUAUCCGGCUUGCCAGACGGCAAGCAAAAGUGCCGCGGACUUUACGAGCCAAUUCACGGAUCCGUGAGUCACUUGCUCUGCGCCUUUCAGCAACCUGUCUUCCCUGCUCACGCAUCACGCCAAUCCGUUCGCUUUCCCUCUAUUAGGCUCCCGACAUCGCAGGCAAAGGAUUCGCAAACCCUAUCGGCACGAUUUUGAGCGCUGCUUUGCUCCUUCGCUACUCUCUUGGAGAGCUCAAAGCUGCCCAAGCCAUCGAGGAUGCGGUCAGAAUCGUUUUGGAUGCCAAGGCUGAUGGAGGCCAUGAGCUCAGGACUAGAGACCUCGGUGGUACGGCCAACACGAAGGAUGUGGGAGAUGCUGUCAUCAAGGCCCUGGAUUCUAUCUUCUGA